UACAAACUAUUCGAUAAGAUAAAUCGAAAUGAAUCCGUCAAAGCUUUCAAUCUCAACUGUUCUGAUUGCGUUCUGUGUAUUUGCAUUUAUAGAAGUGGCGAAUUCUAAUCCUACCAUGGACCUCUUCGGCGGCUACGAGAUCGUAUCGGUGUGCAUGACCAACUGUGCCCAGUGCAAACGGAUGUACGGAACGUUCUUCGACGGCCAGGUUUGUGCCGAGGCGUGCCUGGAGUUCAAAGGGAAAAUCAUUCCGGACUGCGAAGAUAUAGGCUCGAUCGCGGGCUUCUUGAAUCGUGCUGAGUUGAAGAAGUACGCCUAGAAAUGAACUCUUAUUGUACUUAAGUUUUUCUUUAAACAAUAAGACCUUAAAACUAUGCAUGGAAAUAAAUAAAUAAUAAAAAAUGA